AUGCAGAGAGUAAAUGCAAUCAAUGCACAAUACGAAGAACAGUUAGCUGCACUUCGAGUUCGGCACACUAAUCAUAGAGAUGAGUUCCUCCGGAGGGAAUCACAUGCACGGCAGCAGCAGUAUCAGCAGGCAGCAAUGGAACAGCAAUAUGCCAAUAAUGCGAUGGGGUUCAGUGAGCCUCAUGGUUACAGUGGUGGAGAGUCGCAAAGAGCCUAUAAUGUUGACUCUUAUAGAGACAGACCACGGUUUCCUGGAGGAAACCGGGAUUCUAGGGAUCCUGGGUUUGAGCCCAGAGGACAAUACCCUGGCGAGCGGGUUUAUGGUUCUGGCUCACGCUAUUACUGA